AUGGAAGAAAAAAAUCAAAUCAGGACAUCCUUGGUUUCCAGGCUACCGAAAUAUGGAACGAAAACUUUAGGAAGUGUCUUGCAACCUAUGCCAAAUGGGACGGCUGUUAGUUUGGCAGGGAAUAAUGGUGGCAAAAACUUCGGCAAGCACAAUGGCGCUGUUCGCAUGUCUUCCUUUUCUUUCAACUGGAAAAAAUCAAACAAAUAUCAACUUCACGAUCAAAAUGGGAGAGAGACCAAUUCUAAACAUAACUGUAAUGAAAAAUUAAUUGAUUCUGAGAAGCAUUCUCAAUCUCAAGGAGCGUUGGGUAAUGAUGUGCUCAGGGUGGGUUUGAACAGUACUGCUUCGGUUGCAUCAAAAGCAGCAAAGCAAACCAAUAUGUUUGUAUCUUCUACUGAGGAAUUAAACCCAAAGUCUUUGCCUGGACUCUCUAGUUCAGCAAAAUUCGCCAAAGGUACCCUGUCAGGAAGGACCUCAUAUUCUGGACUCAGUGCUCCAAAAUCACAUUUAAAUGGAUUUUAUGGAAAUAGGCCGGUGGUAGGUUUGCAGAGACCUAGAGCGAACUCCAGUGCCACAAGGACAAGUUCAGGAGAAAGCCUGGCACAAUCUACAGACAGCAAGGCUUUUUCCUGUGAAAAAAUGGUAAGAUCACAAAGUUUUUCACAUUCCAUUCAGAAUUCUUUCCUUCCCACUGCAUCUUUAACCAGGUCACAUUCCUUUAAUAAAGCUGUGGAUCUUACAAGGCCUUAUCAUAGUCAAAAUCUAGCUGCCAGGACAUCUCAGAGGUCAACUUUGUUGUCAAGAAAUGCAUGUCAGUUGGAUGUACCCAAUGGAAAUGAACCUACGAAGUAUGGAUUUACCAGGCCCUACUCUGGUAUGUCGGCUCCUUGUUCGAAGAAGCCCCCGCUGUCAAAUGGAUCUGGGUCAGCACCUUCUUUUGGAUACAGAUUAAGUCGGCCUUCUCUGCUGAAGCCUACCAGGCAGCGAUUUGCUGGAAAUAUCAUUGUGGAUGGCAGCAAAAGUACAACUCCUGACAUGUGCAUUGUGGAGAACUCUGAAAUUUCAACAAAUAUUAAUAGAGUAAUUGAGAAAAACAGUAUUCUAGAGAGCAAUGCUCAAAGAACAGAAUCUGAUGAGGGCCUGCAUGAAAGUAUGGGAAAGCAUGGGUCAAAAGUCAUGUGUAUGAGCGAUGAUGGAGAUGAAAUAUCUAUAUCUUCUUUGUCAUCCUCUGAAAAAAAUGAUUUGAGUGAAGAUUUCAGUGAUGAUUUCAUAGAUAUAGAAGACCCAAACAGAACUAUACAAAUACAGCAAAAGGAGAGCUGCCUUCAAGAGUUAGAGCACGGGAGCAUAACAUCCAUCGAGCCGUUCACGUCUCUCAAGGAAACUGGAGGAUCUUGCUGUAAUGCUGAUGACUGGCUUGAUAUAAACGUGUCUGCAGUGGAUGACAACAGUGAAAGCACAAAACAUACUGCCGAGAGUGCGAUUUCUCCAGAGAUGAAUUACAGAGCUGGGUCCUCUUUUGAGCUUUCUCCAUCUGACAGCUCUGAUGGCACAUAUAUGUGGGAUGAAGAAGGCUUGGAACCUAUUGGAAGUGUCCAUCCAUGUGGAAGUUACGAAUCUUCAGAAAUGAACAGCAUAGAUAUCUUGAAUAAUCUUGAUUCGUGUGAUCUGGAAGAUGAUGACCUCAUGCUUGAUGUGGACCUGCCUGAGGACCCACCUCAUGAUAAGGAGGAAUGUGAAAAUAUGAGCCGUUAUGAUAGACAGGACAGAAAUGCUAGGCAACAUCAGGAAGGAUUCUGGAAAAGAGCACCACAACAGCGAUGGAAUACACAGGAUCACUAUCACCUUGGCAAUACCGAUCACUACAUCCAUGGUAAAAAUGAUUUGAACAGGGGAUCAAACUACCGAGAAUCUCCUAUUGGUCACUUUGAAAGCUAUGGAGCACCAAAUUUUUACCAGGCUCCUAGACAGCUGGUGGGCUUACCGGAGAAUACUGUGAUGCUUGAUGAAAUGACGCUUCGGCACAUGGUCCAAGACUGCACAGCUGUAAAAACUCAGUUAUUGAAACUGAAGAGAUUACUGCACCAGAAUGAUGAAAAUGUGUCGCUCCAGGACAUCUCCCUCUCUGUUCCAUCAAGUCCAGAACCACAAGACACAGAGUCAACUUUUAAGAUGGACGAUCUGCUGAAUGAGAUCAGGCAGCUUAAAGAUGAGCUGAAGAAAAAGGAUGAAACAAUCAACCAAUUAGAGCACCAACUUGCCACUAGAUGUAACUGCCAGAAAGACAGCCAAAAACCUACAGGGGCAGCGUGCGUGUAUGCUGAUAAAUUUACACAAACCACCUGGAGGAGGAGUUCUGGUGGGUAUUCUGCUCCCUCCUUCUCUCCCUGGCAGGGCUCAUUCCAGGGCAUCCCUCGGACUGUUCCACCGCACCGCAGACAGACCUCAAGUACUACAGCCUUCCAGCAGCCUUCCCAGUUCCACAGACCUCGCCCAGGGAAAACUAAUAAAAAUGCCACAUAUCGAGGCCCACAGUGAAUAUCCUAAACAUGGUCUGCAUGAAAAUAGCAAUCAUCAGAAUCAAAAUGCUGCAAAUCUCUCUCUC